AUGCGACAGACGGCGGUAGCGCAAGGCAAGCAAAGGAGCGUGCUGCGCCAUCUACUGGCGACCCACGGCAAGUCAGAGAAAAACGCCAUCUUCAGGAGAAACCUGUGCUUGGCAGCCUUCUCGACACGGUUGUCGCUGCUGGUCCCGGUGGUGGCGCUGUGGGCGUGGGGACUGGCCAUGGUCAUCACGGUUAACCCCCCGGCGGUGGGUUUCCUGUUCUGCUUUAUUGGCACGUCGUUGGUUAUGGGCUGGUACGGCUACAAUCACUGGAAGUCUCGCGGGUGGAUGAUGACCUGGCCUUCGCUAGUCUGCAUCCUGGGGGCGGUCUUCUUCCUUAUGGCUUCCCUAGCAGCUGAGGUUUUCGUCGAUCCCGCGGCGUACUUCGGGUCGGGAGACCUAGAUUUCUGCGGCCUGACGGGCAUCUUUUUCACCCUGGACAUGCUCCCGCUUGUGUUUUUGCUCUUCUCCAACGAUGCAAAGGUGAGCCGCAUGCACUCGUAUUUGAAUGUUCUGUCGCCAACGCUCAAGCGUACGCUAUCGGAGGAGAUGAUGCUGAACAUGGGCGAGGUGGAACGGCCGGGGCCGAAGCGGGACGACGCGGGCGAUGCGGGGGAGCUAAUGGCCAAGAACCCCUUCUACUCUCUUCUCGGGGACUGCUACACGAUCGUGGCUUCGAUACAGACUUUCCGUUUCAGUGACCUGUUGUCGGCCACCAUGCGAACCUCGCUCACCAAGAAGAAGCGGCGGAAUAGAUCCCUGUACGCACUGUCCGUGCUCUUCCUGUUGGCGUAUCUUACGGUGUCGGCUGCGAGGACGUCGCACGCACACCUGUCGCUCCUCAACAUCAUCACCCUGGUCCUCCUGGACAGCUGUCACUACAGCAUCCACCGCGGGUCUACCUAUUGGUCUCCCGGGUAUGGCGUCAUGCUCAUGGCGGCCGCCCGUGUGUCCAUCAUUGCGUGUAUGAGCAAUCUUUGGAUCGUGGGCUAUUCAAUCGCGUUCGUGAUCUAUGGCGGCGCCCUCAUUCGCGCGGUAGUAACCCACCGCCUGCCGCGGUUGAAUCAGGAGGAAGCUGGGGCCGUCGUGUUUCUUGGGCAUGACCCGAAAGGCGUCAAGUGUGACGACAUCGCGGCGAACCCCGAGUUGGUCCUUGGGUACACCAGCCUCUACUUCGUUCUCGUUCUCGUCGUACUGGCCUACGCCGAGCCGUCGGGGCUUUCCACACCGUCGAUCCGCGUAUGGGGGCAGGAGUGGCCGGCCUACAUCUUCACGCUCACGGGGGUUCUAGUGGUCAUGUCUUCUGGCCUUUUUGUGGCAUGCCUCAGGUCCUUGUCCCUAGGUAAGCAGGGUCUCCUCCCAGCCAAGCUCGGCGCCGCCUACAUGUGGCACCCCGCAGUGCGCCUGCCGACCAUCCUCGCGGUCGCGACGGGAUUGUCGGUCUUGUGCACGGGACUGUUGGUCUGGGCGGCGACGGGUUCCUCCGCGACGUUCAAGGUGUCCCUCUGUCUGCCCGCCAUCGUUCUGCUUGGCCGUUCGACGUACAGUCGUUGGGUCAAGAACGACUACGAACUGGUACGCUGGCCCCCAGACGUCGAAAAGGAUAAAGCAGCUGGAAUACACGUCGCCGGCGAAGAGCAGGAGGAUGAUACACCUGACGCGGCACAGGGAGCGAGCCUGCUGCACAACGAAGAAUACGACGGCGACGGGGACGAAGGGGUCGGGGCGACCUUCGCGCAGUCGGAGGAAAAGGCCCUCGUCAGGCCCAAGUAUGUGAGAAAGCAGCAGGGGGACGACGCCGCAGUGGGGGCAGCGGGCGAUGUGGGAAGGGAGGGGGGUGCCGGAGGGGAAGAAGUGGGCGUCUGGACCAGGGCCGGGGUGGCCCUCAGCCAGUUUCUGGAUGGAAAGGGGUCCUUGGGCGUGCUGUGUCGGAAGUGUCGCCGGAAAAAAAAGAUUGGAGCUUUCGAAGAUGGCGUCGACGGCGAGGGAGAAAUAGGGGAAGGAGACGUCGGGUACGGCACGCUUCCUGGCAGCGACAGGAACGGCGGGGGCAACCAAGGGGAUAACGCGGACGAGGAACUGGGCGAGGUGCGAGUGGACAGCCUCUCUUUCCGACGCGCGUUCCUGGAGGGCUAUCUCUUGCCGCACGAGUACAGGGCGUGCUACGGCUUCGCCGCGUGCGUGGCGCUUACCGUAGUGAUGGGCCUGCUGCUCUCAAGGGAGCACCAAGGGUGGGUGGGACACCUGUUGUGGACGGGGAUGCUCGUGGUGGCAUUCACCUUCAUUCCGGCUGCCAAAUGGUUUGGCACUUACGAGGUCGACGCCACGAUGAAGCUAUCUCUGUGGCUGGCCGGAAUCAUUCUCACGACAACGUGUGCGCUGACAUUCGUCCUACUCCUUGACGCCGAGGCCUUCCGCGACCAAUCGCUCGCGGUGCUGAAUGCCUUCCUGGCCUACCCGAUCGUCGCCUACAGUGCAUUUUCCUGCUUCCAGGCCAUGGACGGCCCGACUCCAGAGAAAGUGUUGUCCAACUUCGACGAAAACGGAGAGGAAAUGGAAGAGCCCCCUUCCAAGUGCGCCACGCUGUACCACAAAACCGUCGGCCGCUUCGUGUCCUUUAAGGCCCUGCUGGCGGUCGCGACAGCCCUCUGGCUGUGGCAGAGCUUUUUGUGGGGCGGAAUGUACACGGGGUGCGGGCUAACCGUCGCCGUUGCGCUGGCCGGAAUGGUGGGGCUGAUCAUCCGAGACUACCUGUCGCAAGGAUUCAUGGUGUCCAGGUCUAACAUCCACGGAACGGUUCGCCUUUUCGCGGACACCGUCAUGAUCGCUUGCCUUGCGGCCGCGCUGUGGGGGGUCGGGGCGGAGGCGUUCUGCCUUACCGUGUUCUUCGUCGUUUGGAUUCUGCGCAUAGCCCUCCCCGUCGCCACGCGCUGGUUAGAAGCCGAGCCGGACACGGUCAUCUACUUCGCGCCUUGGGCCUUCUCCGGGCUGCUGGUAGGCGUGGCGUGGGGCAUCGCGGUGGCGAUUUUCGUCGAGCCUCUGGGCAUAGGCGUGGUGUCCUUCCUUCAUCAAGAAAAACCAAUCCUUCAGGAACGACUCGUUCAGGCCAUGAAUGAGUAA